AUGGGCUUUUCUGCAGCUGAAUUGCCACCCCCUCUUUCUUUGAUUGCCAUUUUCGCGAUUAUCAUUGUGUACAUGGUAAUUUGUUACCUCGUUCUUGAUCUAAUUGAUCAACAACAAGGUGAUACCAACGAUGAAAUUUCUCGAGCCUCGGGGCUAUCUGUUGAAGAGUUGAAAGAGAUAAGUUGUUUCUACAUCAAAGGACAAGCAAAUUCAACGUGUGCUAUUUGUUUAGAUAUUCUUUGGGAUGCAGAAUUGUGCAGAAAUUUUCCAACUUGUAAUCAUGUGUUCCAUGCUCAAUGUAUUGAUCCUUGGUUAGCCAAAAAACCAACUUGUCCAACUUGUCGAACGCCAUUUAGGCCACAGUUUUCAUUCUUACAGUAA